UCGAAAAUUUGUUUUCGUCGUAAACAUUUUCCGGGAUCGCGAUUUUUCCUCGAAUCACGCACGCAUUUCCCUACAUUUUCGUUGUUUAACACGCUAAUUGUAUCCCGGAAAAGAUGUCGGAUAAGGAAAGCAAGGAAAAACCAAAGCUGGACCUUGGCCUGCUCGAGGAAGACGACGAGUUUGAGGAGUUCCCUGCAGAAGACUGGGUGGCCAACAAAGAGGAUGAAGAGGAACUGAGCGUAUGGGAAGACAACUGGGAUGACGAUAAUGUCGAGGACGAUUUCAAUCAGCAGCUCCGGGCACAGCUCGAGAAGCACAAGUAGAGACCCGGCAAAGCAAAAUGUUGUUCUGGUGGCGAUAUUCGAAAUAAACAUUAACCUUCUUUCGUAAGA